AUUUUCAUCUGCAAUAGAGAUUGGAUAUAUACUGAGGAAUAUCAAAGCUAAAAGAUGAUCUUUCCAGAAAGUUGUGAUUGUUGGAUCGGUGAGAGGAUUGAUUAUCGGGUGAAUUCCACAGAAUUGGAAUAUUUAAUCUGAGAAUAGAGUGCUACAGUGUAUUCAAACUGGCAGCAGCAUUGGGAUAACUUCACACAGUGAGCAGAUCACGGUAUCAACAAUGUGAAUAAGAGAUUCAGCAUUAUUUUGAUAUAAAUCGAACGACAACAUGAGUGCAAUAAAGAGAAAAAUAGCGAGGAGGAAACACAGGGAUGACUCUGAUGUCUUUCUCGAAGACGACCAUCGCAGAGACGUUGAUCGCGGUGAAAAUAAAGGGUUUUUCCAAAAAUACCUGAGUCGGUCACUUCAGAACCUGGAUGAUUUGUACUGUUUAGAUGAUGAUGGUGAGGUGGAAUUGGACAAUGAAUCGGUUAUUUCGCUUCCAUUAACGGCUACAACGGUCACAGACAAUGAAGGAAGUGAUUAUGACCAACAGUUUACAGAACCAACCCGCCAGCUGAAGGUAGCCCAGGUCCUGCCCAAUAACAACCAGCUAGACAAGCCCAACCCUCACUCUCCGGGAUCUAAUGGACAUGCUGGUAGAUAUGGAAACCACAUCAGAUCACCAGAGGGGGAAAGGCUGAUGAGUCCUAGAGCUCGCAUAGGUGAUGGGAGUGAAGACGUCACAACCAUGACAGACGGAUACGAUCCUGCCCUUGUUGAUAAUGAUUUUAAUAUAUCUAAUCAGGAUCAAGACAACAUGUUCCACCCAUUGGACUGGGACUAUACUAUGAAUGAGUCUAACAUGGUCGCAGAUACCACUUUAAAAGAGGUAAACCCUUCUCACCGCUCCCCGAAAUCUCAUUCUCAACUCUCCUCGUACUCCAAGGUUUCCCAUCAUCCGUUAAACAAGAGCCCUCGUCAGCACGGUGCGUUUGGAGAUAUCGGCUACGGCCCCCCGGACUAUACCGCGUAUCCUGGACCUACGGAUUUGGGUCUUGGUUCCAGGGGUGCUGGAAACCCGGUUCCGUUCCAUACCAAAAUGAACUUGACUCAGUGGCAGCAGAAUUUAGACUCUCACUUCGGUCUCCAGCAGCAGAUGCAGCACCUCCAACUCAAUACUGGUUACCACCCCUCCGGUAGGAGUGGAACAGGCCAUGAUAUGCAUGUGCAUAGUGCUGGGAUGGGAUAUCCUGUGGGAGAUUCCAAUUUUAGUUUCGGGCCUGUGAGGCGUUCAGAGUCGACAAAUUUGGAGGGACUGAUUCGAGCCAAGGAAAAUAUGCUUCAUGAGAGGAAUAUCAUUAUUGAGAGACAAAAGUUAGAGAUUGCACACCUGAGGAAACAGAACGAUGAACAAGAGAACAUUGCUAGGCAACGCAUCUAUACAAGAUCAAGAGAUGAAGGAGAUAUGCUUUUUCUCAAGAUGCAGGAGUACCAGUAUGAGAUAGCAUCCUUGAGAGCUCAACUAGCUGAGAUAUCUACUGCCAAACUGGCUGAAGGAGAACAACUAAGCAGAAAGUUAGGUGAGGUAGAGGAGUCACAAGUAGCCAAUGAAAUGACCAUCAAUGACCUCAAAACAAAGUUGAAGUUGAAGGAAGCAGAGCUACAGGAGGUCAAAGGUCAACUGUUGCAUAGCAAGAAGGACUAUGAGAAGCUGAAGAAGAAACUAAGUAAGAUUGAGAAAUAUAUGCAGAACCUUCCAACGGCUGAGGAGUACAAAGAGAGCUGUGAUACUAUCCGAGAUUUACGAGAGGAAGAGGAGUUGCUAAGGGAACGCAUCGUCAGUCUAGAAACAUCUCUCUCCAAGGCCAAACAGAAAACUCACAGGAGCAAACAGGAAUCCUCAGACCUUGAGGAGAAGAAUCUUAGUCAACAGAUGGAGAUAGAAAGGAUGAAGAAGGAGAUGUCUAAACUGCAGAAAGCAUUAGGAUCCAAAGAGACUGGUGACCCAACUGAUCUUGAGCUGUGCAGUAGGGAAGAUAUUGAACAACUUAGGGAAGAGAACAGGAGACAUUCUUCUAGUGUUGAUCAUUUGAAGAAGGUGAUAGACAGCAAACAUCAUCAUCUCCAGAAAGUUCAGAAAGAACACCAGAGGGCGCUAGAUGAGAUGGAAUCACGUCUGACGCAGGAGGAAGGUGUCAUCACAGCUCUCAGAGUUGAACUCAAGAAUAAAGAUUCUUCUAUUCAAGACAUGACCAGGUCUAUGAAAGAGCUUGCAUCACAAAGCCAGGAGCUCUACGGCCACAACCUUUCCCUUCAGGAGAGCGUCCAGAGCCUUGAGAAGCAAGUCUCUUCAGACAAGGCUCGGUGUACCAGUCAGUUGGUCAAGGAGCUUAGUCAAUGUGUACAAGAGCUACAGAGAUUGGUAGAACUGAUAAACCAACGGGCAGAGGGCCAGGAACCAAAUGUCUCACUACUUCUGGGAUUUAGACCAUCUUCAGCGAUGUCCUUCGAUGUCGACAACGAUGAAAAGGCUGGCAGUGAGGACAUGAUCCGAGCCAUGCUGACACAGGUCCAUAAGCUAAGGGGUGACAUUGAUCUCUUACGAAGCCUCAUCUCAGAUAGAUACGCAGAGGACGUCGGUGCAAGCUGCAUCACGCAAUGACGAAAACAGGACUAAAGUACUUGGCUGAUUUUGUUUUCAAAUGAUUCCUUAAUGGGAUUUAAUUGGAGUCUAUGCAUUCUAAUUUGUAUUCUGUGAGGAGACUGUGUGGUGUUUGUGAUUGGGAACAAGUUGGUACAUUCCGAGAACUACGUUUUGAAUAAAAAGCAGAUAGAGAUCAGCAGAAGAUGUCAGUGCUUCACACAAUGAAGAACAGGAGACAAGGGUCUAUCCGUUCUAAUUGCCCUUCUUUGUGGAGAUUGUGUGGUGUUUUUUGAUUGGGAAGAAAGUUGGAAC